CGUCUGGCUGUCUCGUCAGAGACUGCAGCAGAUCAAACAGUGAAGUGAAACACACUACUUUUCCGGUAGAUUAAGUUAUGUGCCGUAUACUGACACUGAUAUAAUGAAACUACUAAAAGACUUGUCAUGAUUAAUGGAGGCUAAAUACCUUGUUAAGAAAGCGAGCAUUUACGAAUGUUACUGAAUGAUGGUCGCAAAAUUGUUAGAAAGACAGAAUACUACGCCCUUCAUUACAUGUAAACCUGAUGGGCAGUGCAUAGUUUACCAGCACUUUCAUCACCAAGAGGUUCCUGCCUUGGAAAGAUAAUAAGAGAUAAAAAGAUAACAUUACCAAAGUCAUGAGGCGGAGUUAUAUCGUAAUCUUUAGUCACUCGCUAAUAGUUGAACUAAAAACAUCUGCCUCCCUCAUAGACAAUACACGUGGAAGACUUUUUUUUUUUUUUUACAGAAUUUCCGUAGAAUCUGAGGAUGGGAGGCACCUUCGGUAAGAGCGGGUCGUGGGUGGUGGACCACACGAUGGAUGACAUCCCGCUCGCGCCCUUCGGGAGGGACAAAACGGGCCAUGGAUCCAUUGUCACUGGAUUUGAGACGACAACGCCACCAUCAUAUGAGGACGGGAAGGAAUUGAUUGAAACCCCGUUGGAGAAGCGAGGCAGGAAACGCUCACACUGGAUAGCAUAUACCACGGUGUUUAUCAUGUCCAUAGGCUUUUCUAUAGUGCUGACCAGCGUGUGGCCUUAUCUAAAAUCGCUGAACGACAAUCUCGAGAAGAACGCUUUAGGCUUUGUGGUGGCGUCCAACCCCUUAGGGCAGAUGUUGGCUUCACCUCUCCUCGGCCUAUGGGGUAAUAAAGCCGGCAAAAUCAGAGGAGCAUGUCUCGUCACAGUGGUGUUCUUCAUUCUGGGCAACGCGAUGUAUUCACUUCUGGCCUUGUUCGAGGGCUUGGGAGAAAUGGCUACCUAUGACGCCAUGAUCAUCUCUCGCUUCAUCGUCGGAAUAAGUUCAGCAAACGUAACGCUCUGCAGGUCCUACCUUGCUCAGUCCACUACAGUACAAGAGCGAACCUCCAGUAUUGCUAUUUUAGCAGGAGCCCAGGCUCUUGGAUUCGUCAUUGGUCCAGAUUCAGUCCUACGGACUUCCAAGUUCAUUGAAUGUGGAGUUUUCAGAACUAGUGGUUGUCACCAGGUGGCAGCACAGUAUGUGUCCCAUUUGCUCUCACAGGGUAUCAUAAUUAUAAAUGUUCUCUGCAUCUGUAUGCACCUAGGAUUUAAUAUAACAAUAUUACAUGAGUACAACAUCGCCAAGAAGGAAAUGGCCGUGUUGAAACAAGAAAGAACCAAGGACGAGGAUUUAAAGCUGCCCAAAUUGGAUCCCGUAGCACUAACAGGACUUCUCUUUGGUUUCUUCAUCGGUAUUUUCAUUUAUGUACUAAUUGAAACCCUCGCUGUGCCCUUCGUUAGCGACCAGUAUGCGUGGUCCGAUAACCAAGCACAGGUGAUAGUUGGCGUGGCCCUCAUGGCUGGGGGGCUGCUCGCUUCUGCAGUCUUUCCUUUCAGUGGCUUCUUGUCACGAAAGUUUGAUGAGCGAAAAGUGUUAUUGUUAGGUGGGUUUAUUCCCAUGAUUAUAGGUAUGCUGCUCUUCCUCCCGUAUCCUGGUAUGAAAAUCCCUCGGCAGAACUGCACAUCUUCUGUCACCUCGUCGUAUACCACCUUUGAGUCAUCUGCAUUGCCUAAUAAUACCAGCUCUUUUGAGAUCGAUAAUCUCUUAUUUGAAGAUCAAUACGUGUCGCCAUCCAAUCACUUUCUCAUUUAUCAACGACUGUUAUUAAUUUCUGCCACAUCAGGCGAAACUGAUGAAGACUGCACCCCAGGCUGUCCCGCAGAACAGGAGUGGUGUGAGUCCGUGCCACGGCUUCCCAUGGCACAGUUAGGUGUGGCUUUCUUUUUUGUCAUGUUAGGUUAUCCCAUCGAAGUUUCUAUCUCUCAAGGUCUUUUCUCAAAAAUGUUGGGUCCAAAACCUCAGGGCCUGUGGAUGGGAGUCCUCACUGGCAUUGGUAGCUUAGGCCGUAUCUUGGGUCCAAUUUUUGUUUCGUACAUUUACACUAACUUCGGCACUUACUGGUGCUUUGGUACGCUAUCGGUAUGCAUGUUAGUGGCGUUCUUCGUCGAAACAGUGAUAUAUCGGCGGCUCGUGCCCAUGAAGGUACCUGUACCUAAAAAAACACAGCAUGCCUACGACGGCCCAGCUGCCAUAACUCAAUCCAACGGGACUGAGGUUUCUAAAAGUGUCGCAUUAAGUAUUGAUACUUAGGAGUACCAGACAGCAGAACCUGCGAUUUUUCGGAACUGUUUUUUAAGAUAUUUCUUGUGGGAGGAAGUACAUCUUCGCUCUCCAAAGUUGCUGUGCUAAGCGUUAUUUUUUUUUUUUUCAACAAUUUUCUACUAAUAAUUUGUUAAUGAAAAAACACUUUUCAUUACUAUAAGUUAAAUUAUCCAGUGUACCAGUUGUCCAGUAGUGGGCUGUGCUUUAGUAUUUCAGUGUGCGUAUACCGUAUUCAUGAUGUAUGUGAUGUGAAUACAAGUAUUACGUUUUACGUAUCCCAUUAGUCCAAAACUAUUUCUAGUAACAUAACUCAACACAACUCUAAUAUACCUGUAGUAAUGUUUGUUGACUUGCAGCAGAAAUUUUCUUCUAAAAAUGGCAAACUGUGGCAGAAAUUCGUUAGAAAUCUUGAUGCACUGUCAUAUAUGCUGCAUAUAAAAGACAUGAUUAAGUAAAGCUGGUACCAUUAUUUAAACACGAAAGCACUUCUUAUGAUGAAUAACAAUGACUACUAUGGAACUAUACUUCACUUAGACAGAUAGAAUAACAAAAGGAUCCAGAAGACUGUUUUAGUACAAGCACAUGAUGAUGAUGAUGAUGUCAACUGACGCUGAACAAAAUGUGAAACAGUUAUCAUGAUAGGAAUGAGAGACUGAUCUUUAACUUAUAAUAUGUUAUGGUGGUGAUGAUGAUAAUGGUAAUGGCGAUAACAAGAGGCAUAGUCACAUGUCCUGCAAACAAAAUAUCUGGAGUACUGCCACAUCUACACAUAAGCUGUCAAACUUCUUACAAGAAAACAACUAUACAGCACAUUUCUUACAUAAACUGUUAUACAUAUUUUUUUUCGUAUAUUCAAUUAGUGCCAUAUUUCAGACAAGCAUAUGGCAUAUCUCCUAAACACAAAAAUUGGUCCAGUCAUAUUUCUUACACUGCAUAGGUCCCCUGACACAUCAUCAUACUCUUGACACCUAAGACCGAUCAUGCAUGAUGCAUCUAAAGUAGUUAGCUCGUUAUUUGUAUAUAUAAAAAAGAAAAACUUUAUUAUGGAACAUUAAACCAUCAAAACAUCGUUUAUUUUCAUACGCAAUUCGAUGUUUGGUUUACUUCUUUAGUCGGGACAAUCUACUAUUCUGAGGCUUUUAUGUGCAGCACAUUUGGCAGUGCUUAUUUAAGUGUUUGGUUUGUGCUGGCUGAUAAUGGCUUUAGUCUGCUGAGAUAGGAUUCUGCAUCUUUAAUAGUUCCAUGAGAACAUUCGAAGACAGAGUCGUUCUGGAGUGACUUUGCGAAUCCAGCACAUUGGAUUUCCUAAAUGAAACCUCAAAACUGACAUGAAUAGCAAUACACUGAACAACUAGAUGCUGGCUUGUACAUAAUGCGUCAAAAGAAGUUUAGUAGGAACAUUGACCGCAAGGAGUAAUUCGUCAAAAGAAGAUGUUUGUUAGAAACACUGACUGCAAGAAGUUGAAAGAAUUGCUGAAUGGAACAUACACCAUAAUCCAUUUCGUCAGUGUUGUUAGGUACAUUUCUGAUGGCUGUUUUAUCAUAUCAAGUACCUGACGACUGAUGAGAGUGAGGAAGAGCAAGAGGACUCAAAAACAACAUAACUAAUGUACAAGAUGUUCCCCGACCUUCGUUGUAGGGUCUACCCAAGGCGACGAACGGACUGUGGUUCUUUUACCAUGUUUACCAUGUCGGAAUACUUCCUCUUGUGCAGAUUACAUUGGUGUCCUUGUAUCAGAAGCAGACAACACCAUACAACAUGUCCUACUUACUGCAGUGCUAUUUAUGACAGUUUUGAGGAUUUCAUUUAGGAAACCCCAUUGUGCUGGUUAAUUUUAUAUGCCUGUUUCAAAAAGAAAUAAAAUUUUAUUUAAUCUUA